AUUGGAUCUUUCUGCCCUAUCUAGAGAGGUUUUUGAAAUUAUCCCUUUCCUUAACUCACUUCCAACUUCCAAGUGCUAGAGAGCAUAAACGAGAAUCUAUUCUCUUCCCCUUAUUACUUCAUCGACUGCAACUGCAGCUGAUAGCAAUGGAUGAGCAAGUAGAAAUUCCAAUAGUGAGGCUGGGCAGCCAAGGACUUGAGGUUUCAAAAUUAGGUUUUGGAUGCAUGGGGCUUUCUGGAAUUCUCAAUGAUCCAGUCCCUGAAGAAGACGGAAUUGCACUUCUUAAGGAAGCCUUCAAUAAGGGAGUUACAUUUUUUGAUACCUCAGAUUGUUAUGGGAUUGACAAUGCUAAUGAAUACUUGAUCGGAAAGGCAUUGAAGCAGUUACCCCGAGAAAAGAUUCAAUUAGCAACGAAGUUCGGUAUAGUCGAUUAUAGUCACGAUCGUGUUAUAGUCAAAGGUACUCCGGAAUAUGCCCGCUCAUGCUGUGAAGGUAGCCUCAAACGCCUAGAUGUGGACUACAUUGAUCUUUAUUUCAUCCAUCGAAUUGACACAACAGUGCCUAUUGAAGAAACAAUGGGUGAACUGAAGAAACUAGUUGAAGAAGGAAAAAUAAAGUACAUUGGACUAUCUGAAGCUAGCCCAGACACAAUAAGAAGGGCUCAUGCAGUUCAUCCAGUAACUGCUUUACAGAUUGAGUAUUCUCUAUGGACACGCGAUAUUGAGGAAGAGAUAAUUCCUCUAUGCAGGGAGCUCAGAAUUGGGAUUGUUCCCUUCAGUCCUAUUGGUCGUGGCUUUUUGGCUGGCAAAGCAGUUGUUGAGAGCUUGCCUCAAAGUAGUUUCUUGGGAGGACUUCCUAGGUUUAUGGGGGAAAACCUCGAAAAGAACAAGAACAUUUAUUUCCGUUUACAAGCAUUAGCACAGAAACACAAAUGUACUCCUGCUCAACUUGCUCUUGCUUGGGUUCUUCAUCAGGGUGAUGAUAUGGUACCAAUUCCUGGUACUACUAAGAUAAAGAAUCUCCAUGAUAACAUUGGUUCAGUGAAAGUGAAACUCACAAAAGAAGAUCUGAAAGAUAUUGCUGAUGCAGUUCCCCCCAGUGAGGUGGCAGGGCUAAGCAUCAAUGAGGCUUUCUUUCAUACUGAAUGGAGGUUUUCUAAUACACCACCACCAAAGGUUCCAACCGAGUAAUCUGUACGAAUUACCUGGCUGGAGUUAUUUCUUAAAGCUUGUUAUUGGCCGUGUUAUUCCAGGAACUUUUAUGCUAAGUUUUGCUCAAGCCCUGCUACAGUCAUUUCAUUUGUAUGAUUUAGCGUUCAUCUCUUGCGCAUGUAAUCUAGCAUUAUAUUGUGGAGGGAAUUUGAGUCUUAAUCUUUCUUGUUU